CACGAUCCAAAACCACAACGUCUCCUAUAUCUUGAUGGCGAUCGGUGCCUCGUGCCAUUAUCGAGCCAGCUGUUCCAUUUUUUUUUAUUCAUUCCAAUUCCUAUUCCAUUUUAUUUUACUACUUUAUCUUUCUCUCUUCCUUUCCCUCUAUCUAUUCCCCAAAUCUCAGAAUCCCACUCUUCACUCACUCACUCAUUCAAUUUCCUCCUUUCACGCUUCACUUUCUCUCUCCAAUUCCCUAAAUUCCCAACUCACUCAAUUAACAUGUAAACCUCUCAAUUCAACCUUCUCAUUUGUUUCUUCAGGGUUGACUUUGUGUUCUAGUGUAGAGGACACGGUAGCCGUUGGAUUCGAUUCGAUUGGAUCUCGUCUUCGCCACUCCAUUGGCCAUGGAGAUCCGUAACGAUGCAGAAACCAGCUCUUACAUGAGCUUGUUUGCGGCAGUAUCGUAUGGAAUUGCGUCGAUGGCCAUGGUUUUUAUCAACAAGGCUGUUCUUAUGCAGUAUGCACACUCAAUGACACUCCUCACUUUGCAGCAACUGGCUACCACCAUGCUAAUACACUUUGGUAGAAGCAUUGGGUACACAAAAGCAAGAGGUGUGGAUGUGACAACGGCCAAGCGACUGCUACCAGUUUCGAUCUUUUAUAAUGCCAAUGUAGCAUUUGCUUUGGCAAGUUUGAAAGGAGUCAAUAUUCCAAUGUAUAUUGCAAUCAAGAGGCUUACACCUCUUGCUGUACUUAUUGCUGGUUUUUUCUAUGGAAAGGGGAGACCUACAAUGCAGGUGACCCUUUCAGUGGUAAUGACAGCUGCUGGAGUUCUAAUUGCUGCCCUUGGGGAUUUUUCUUUUGACCUUUUUGGGUAUAGCAUGGCCUUCAUUUCCGUUUUUUUUCAGACCAUGUAUCUUGUUCUGGUGGAAAGAUCUGGUGCUGAGGAUGGACUUACAUCAGUGGAAAUAAUGUUCUAUAAUAGCUUUUUGUCUCUUCCAUUUUUGAUGUUUCUUAUCAUAGCCACUGGGGAAUUCCCAAAUUCUUUAUCAAUAUUACUAGCAAAGAGUUAUUCUUUUCCAUUUUUGGUGAUACUUGUUCUUUCAUUGGUAAUGGGCAUUGUUCUCAACUACACCAUGUUCUUGUGUACUAUUGUUAAUUCAGCUCUAACGACAACUAUUGUUGGAGUCCUCAAAGGGGUUGGUUCCACGACCCUUGGUUUUGUCUUACUUGGUGGUGUUCAAGUCCAUGCUUUGAACGUGACUGGGUUGGUUAUCAAUACAGCUGGUGGUGUGUGGUAUUCAUAUGCUAAAUAUCAGCAGAGAAGAAGUAAGACAGUGAAGCAAAUAACAGAUUUGGAGGCUCAUCGUAAAUAGAAGUGCCAUUUAUUAGUUUCAGUGAAAAGUGAAAACUAACAAUUUAUAUCAUUUAAAAAAGAAAAAGAGAGAAACAUUUUGAUUUACCGUGGUGGUAAACUUUUGUACCAUUUCAUAAUUUUUUACAGCUGUUACAGGUUUACAUA